CUAUUUAUAUGAGGACGACACAAAUUUGAGUAUGUCCUUUCCUCACAAAUCUGAAAUGCUUGACGCGCUCCUUAAGCACAAACACCUAGGAAGGCACGUUCUUCCUCUCACCCACCGCUUUCUUCCCCGCGUCUCCUAUCAUUUCCCGGCGACUCACUAAACCAUCGGCCGGAAAGAUCCUGAUCCGAUCCUCGGAUUUCAUAAUCUUUUAGUUAAUCCACUAGAUCAGAUUAAUGGCUCCGGUUUCGGCUCUCGCCAAGUACAAGCUUGUGUUUUUAGGAGAUCAAUCUGUGGGGAAAACCAGUAUCAUUACUCGCUUCAUGUACGAUAAAUUCGAUACCUCAUAUCAGGCCACUAUUGGUAUUGAUUUCCUUUCAAAGACAAUGUACCUUGAAGAUCGUACAGUGAGGUUGCAGCUCUGGGAUACAGCAGGGCAAGAGAGAUUUAGGAGUCUCAUACCUAGCUAUAUCAGGGACUCGUCUGUUGCUGUGAUUGUUUACGAUGUUGCAAGUUCAGGUCGGCAGACAUUCAUUAACACUGUAAAGUGGAUUGAAGAAGUUAGGACCGAGCGUGGGAGUGAUGUUAUAAUUGUCCUUGUUGGGAAUAAAACUGACCUUGUUGAGAAAAGGCAAGUCUCUAUAGAGGAAGGAGAAGCUAAAGCUCGUGAAUUAAAUGUCAUGUUUAUUGAAACCAGCGCAAAGGCGGGCUUCAAUAUAAAGCCACUAUUCAGAAAGAUAGCUGCAGCAUUGCCAGGAAUGGAGACAUUAUCCUCAGCUAAGCAAGAAGAUAUGGUUGACGUUAACCUUAAGUCUACCAACUCAAACUCGGCACAGUCUCAACAGCAGUCUGGAGGAUGCGCCUGUUGAUUUCAUCUCCUUUUGUACGUAUGGUUCCCCAUUUCACCUCCUUCGGAACUUCAACGUGUCUGUAAAGAUCUAUUUGAGUUCUCAGAUUGGGAGGUGUUUAAGAUACAGUUUUUUUGUCUUUUACAGUUUUAUAAGUAGACAUGUUUGGUAUAUCAGCUCUUAUCUGUAGCAUUUCCUAGCCCUACGCCUGUUAGAUAUAUACUUCUUGGCCUUAAUUUUUUACAGUUUUCAGCAGUUUUUAAUGGAACUUUCAUUGCGUUCAUUUU